GAUAAUCUCAGACACUGAACAUCUCAACAAAGUCGACACCUACUAUACUUCUUUUAGCCACAAAAAAAACUACCAUACUUCUCAAGUCAAAUUGGAGGAGAUAUAUCUUAGUUUUAAUACCUUUUUUUUUAAUGGCGAGGAUGAUCGGACCUUUUGAAGUCCUACCGGCGAUUCUUGUUUUCCCAGUGAGGGUCUCAGCUUCGCCUUCAUUGGGGACAAUAUAUGAGGAGAAAGAUGAUGAAAAAUUCAUUCAACCCGAGAUCAAGGCUCGAGAGUUGUAGAUUUUGUAUCUUGGCAUUGUUUUUUUCCUUCUUUUUGGCCUUUUCUUGGUUGUUUUGCGGUUCAAACUCAUUUUCAUUGACAUUAUAGUCAUGAAAUAAAAUUGUAGAUCAUCGAAAAUUGUCAAGAUGAUUAAACAGUACAUUUUUCGUUAUACGAAAUUUUUAUAUAAUCAAAAUCUAAGAUUUAAGA